CUCUGACAUCAUGCAAAAUCAAAGCUUUGUAACUGAGUUUGUCCUCUUGGGGCUUUCACGGAAUCCAAAUGUUCAAAAAAUAGGAUUUGUUAUAUUUUUGUUCUCCUACUUUGCAACUGUUGGGGGCAAUUUGCUGAUUGUGGUGACCAUUAUCAGCAGCCCAGCACUCCUGGGCUCCCCCAUGUACGUCUUUCUGGCCUUCCUGGAUGUGUGCUAUUCCUCUGCAUUCGCCCCAAAGAUGAUUGUAGACUCACUCCACGAGAGGAAAACCAUCUCCUUCGAGGGCUGCAUGACCCAGCUCUUUGCUGAAUAUUUAUUUGCUGGUGCUGAAAUAAUUAUUCUCUCUGCCAUGGCCUAUGACCGCUAUGUUACCAUUUGCAAGCCAUUGUGCUACCUCUCUCUCAUGAACGGGAGGCUCUGUGGUAUCCUGAUGGGGGUAGCCUGGACAGGAGGCUUCUUGCAUUCUGUGAUACAAAUUCUCUUUACUUUCCAGCUGCCCUUCUGUGGCCCCAAUGUCAUCAAUCACUUCCUACGUGAUUUGUACCCAUUACUGGAGCUUGCCUGCACUGAUACUCACAUACUUGGCCUUUUGGUGGUUGCCAGUAGUGGGUUUAUUUGCAUCAUAAAUUUCUUAUUGUUGCUUAUCUCUUAUUGUGUCAUCUUGUUCUCGCUAAGAACACAUAGCUCUGAAGGCCAGAGGAAAGCUCUUGCCACCUGUGGAUCUCACAUUUCUGUUGUGGUUUUAUUCUUUGUCCCAUGCAUAUCUCUGUAUGCCCGACCUCCAUCUGCUUUUUCCUUCGAUAAGAUGGUGGCCAUAUUUUACACCAUUGUAACUCCCCUGCUCAAUCCUGUGAUUUACACUUUCAGGAAUAAGGAAGUGAAAAACGCCAUAAGGAAGUUGUGGACCAAAUUGCUGGUGGUUUUUAAUUAAAAAUAAAACACUAAACAUAACAAAUUAAACCUUCCAGAAGAAAGAAAUCAAAACGGGCUCAGACAAGAACUUUGUAGGGAAUGGACCUUGUAAGACAGAAGGAAAUGUAAUACAACACAAAAACACUGAUGUGGAGGUCUGGAAAUGCUCUUUGCAUCCUCAGAUUACUCAUCAUCUCAGAGUUGGCAGCUCAGUAUCCUUUUAUGUAAACUAAGGAGAGUUGAAUUUUUUUUUGCAGUUUUUUUUUAGUAAUUUUUAUCGUACUUUAAGUGAAAGUUUAAAAAUCAAGUCAGUCUCUCACACAAAAACCCAUAUACACCUUGCUACACACUCCCAAUUACUCUCCCUCUAGUGAGACAGCCCAUGCUCUCCCUCCACUCUCUCUUUUCGUGUCCAUUUCCCCAGCUUCUAAUCCCCUCCACCCUCUCAUCUCCCCUCCAUGCAGGAGAUGCCAACAUAGUCUCAAGGGUCCACCUGAUCCAAGAAGCUCACUCCUCAUCAGCAUCCCUCUCCAACCCAUUGUCCAGUCCAAUCCAUGUCUGAAGAGUUGGCUUCAGGAAUGGUUCCUGUUCUGGGCCAACAGGUCUGGGGGCCAUGACCACCAGGGUCCUUCUAGUCUCAGUCAGACCAUUAAGUUUGGUCUUAUGACAGUUUGAGGUCUGCAUCCCACUGCUCUCCUGCUCUCUCAGAGUUUUUCUGUUGUGUUCCCUGUCAGGGCAGUCAUCAGUUGUAGCUGGGCACCAUCUAGUUCUUCUGGUCUCAGGAUGAUGUAUUCACCGGUUCAUGUGGCCGUUUCUGUCUCUUGGGCUCGUAAUCACCUUGUGUCCUUGGUGUUCUUCAUUCUCCUUUGAUCCAGGUGGGUUGAGACCAAUUAAUGCAUCUUAGAUGGCUGCUUGCUAGCGUUUAAGACCCCAGACGCCACUCUUCAAAAUGGGAUGAAGAAUGUUUUCUUAAUAGAUUUUAUUAUGCCAAUUGACUUAGAUGUUCCCUGAAACCAUGGUCCCCAGAACCCUGCCCCUGUUACGCUGGCCUUCAAAGCAUUCAGUUUAUUCAGGAAACUUCUUUGCUUUUGGUUUAAUCCAAUUGUACUGACCUCCCCUGUAUUGAGUGCUGUCAUUCCCUUCACCUAAAGUAGUUCUUAUCUAAUUAGUGAAUACCCGUCUCCCAC